AUGGCGAGGAGGAGGCUGAAAGGCUUUACUCCGCUGGAGCUGAUGCUCACUGCGCUCCUGCUUACCGUGUUCAUCAUCACGAUUCCUCUCUUUGUGCUUUCCGCCCAAGAGUCUUUGAAACACAAAGGUUCUGCGCCAAGUACCACCCCUGCUCCUGCCGACUGCCCCGUGGUCAGUGAACUGGAGCGAAUAAACUGCAUCCCGGACCAGACACCCACGAAGGCCACGUGUGAGCAGCGUGGCUGCUGCUGGAAGCCCCAGGGACCCAUCAGUGUGCCCUGGUGCUACUAUUCUAAGAGUCAUGGCUACCAACUGGAAGGCAGCCGUACAAAGACAAAUGCAGGAUUCACAGCCCAGUUGAAAAGGCUGCCGUCUCCAUCCCUGUUUGGAAAUGAUGUCAGCAAUGUCCUUCUCACAGAGGAAUAUCAGACAUCUAACCGUCUCCACUUUAAGUUAACUGACAAAGACAAUGAGCGGUAUGAAGUGCGCCAUGAACAUGUCCAAGCCUUCAAGGGAAAUGCUGCCUCUUCCCAGGCCUACGAAGUCCGCGUCUCCAGUUCACCAUUUAGCAUCCAAGUGAUCAGAAGGAGCAACAAUCGUGUCCUGCUUGACUCAAGCAUCGGGCCCCUCCUGUUUUCUGACCAGUUCCUGCAGCUGUCCUUCCGACUGCCCAGUGCUAAUGUGUACGGCCUGGGAGAGCAAGUGCACCAGCAGUACCGCCAUGACAUGACUUGGAAGACCUGGCCCAUCUUCGCCCGGGAUACAACCCCCAAUGGGGAUGGAAACAACUUGUAUGGUACCCAGACGUUCUUCCUGUGCCUUGAAGAUGCUAGUGGAUUGUCCUUUGGGGUGUUUCUGAUGAACAGCAAUGCCAUGGAGGUUGUCCUCCAGCCCACACCAGCCAUCACUUACCGCACCAUUGGGGGCAUUCUGGACUUCUAUGUGUUCUUGGGAAACACUCCAGAACAAGUGGUCCAAGAGUAUCUACAGCUCAUUGGACGGCCAGCCCUACCUCCAUACUGGGCCCUUGGAUUCCAACUCAGUCGUUAUGACUAUGGCACCCUAGAGAACAUGAAAGAAGUUGUGGAGAGAAACCGGGCAGCACAGCUACCUUAUGAUGUUCAGCAUGCCGAUAUUGAUUAUAUGGAUGGGAGGAAGGACUUCACUUACAACCCAGUAGACUUUAAAGGCUUUCCUGAGUAUGUUAAGGAGCUGCACCGCAAUGGACAGAAGCUGAUCAUCAUUGUGGAUCCGGCUAUCUCCAUCAACUCUUCCUCAAGUAACCCCUAUGGCCCCUAUGAAAGGGGUUCAGACAUGAAGAUAUGGGUCAAUGCUUCAGAUGGAGUGACUCCACUUAUCGGGGAGGUCUGGCCUGGAAAAACUGUGUUUCCGGAUUACACCAACCCCAAGUGUGCUGUUUGGUGGGCAAAUGAAUUUAAGCUUUUCCACAGUGAAGUGGAGUUUGAUGGGAUCUGGAUUGAUAUGAAUGAGAUCUCCAACUUUGUUGAUGGUUCAGUUUCAGGAUGUUCGACAAGCAAUCUAAAUUAUCCCCCAUUCACUCCCAGAGUCCUGGAUGGGUACCUGUUCUGCAAGACUCUCUGCAUGGAUGCCACGCAGCACUGGGGCAAGCAGUACGAUGUCCACAACCUGUAUGGCUACUCCAUGGCGAUUGCCACGGCAGAAGCUGUCAAGACCGUGUUUCCUAAUAAGAGGAGCUUCAUUAUAACCCGUUCCACCUUUGCGGGGUCUGGCAAGUUUGCAGCCCACUGGUUAGGAGACAACGCAGCCACCUGGGAUGACCUUCGAUGGUCCAUCCCUGGCAUGCUCGAGUUCAACCUUUUUGGAAUCCCAAUGGUGGGUGCUGACAUAUGUGGCUUUGCGCUGGAUGCCCCCGAGGAGCUCUGCAGGCGGUGGCAGCAGCUGGGAGCAUUUUACCCAUUUGCCAGGAAUCACAAUGGCCAAGGCUACAAGCCCCAGGACCCUGCCUCCUUUGGAGCCAACUCUCUGCUGUUGAAUUCGUCCAGGCACUACCUUACCAUCCGCUACACUCUACUGCCCUAUCUCUACACGCUCCUCUACCGCGCUCACAGAUGGGGGGACACGGUGGCCAGGCCCCUUCUGCAUGAGUUCUACGGGGACAGCAGCACGUGGGAUGUGCACCGACAGUUUCUGUGGGGGCCGGGUCUCCUCAUCACUCCAGUUCUGGAAGAGGGUGCAGAAAAUGUGACGGCCUAUAUGCCUGAUGCCAUCUGGUACGAUUAUGAGACUGGGGGCCGAGUGAGAUGGAGGAAGCAGAAAGUGGAAAUGCAACUUCCUGGGGACAAAAUUGGACUUCACCUGCGAGGAGGCUACAUCUUCCCCACCCAACAGCCAGCCACAACCACUGUGGCCAGUCGAAAGAAUCCUCUUGGUCUUAUCAUUGCACUAGAUGACAACAAAGAAGCAAAAGGGGAACUUUUCUGGGAUGAUGGGGAAACGAAAGAUACUGUGGCCAAUAACACUUAUAUCUUAUGUGAGUUUUCCAUCACCCAAAACCGCUUGGAUGUGAAGAUUUUACAGUCAACCUACAAAGACCCCAAUAAUUUAGUUUUUAAAGAGAUUAAAAUCCUUGGGACCCAGGAACCUAGCAACGUUAUAGUGAAACAGAAUGGUGUCCAAAGUCAAGUUUCUCCUAAUGUCAUUUAUGAUUCUAACCUACAGGUCGCCCUUAUCACAGGACUUGAUCUUGUCCUGGGAGAAGCAUAUACUGUGGAAUGGGAGCUGAAGAUGAAGGACACAGAAAAAAUAGACUGUUAUCCUGAUCAGGGUCCUGCUUCCAAAGACAACUGUUCUGUUCGCGGCUGUGCCUGGGAGGAAUCCACUUCCCCAGGAGUCCCUUUUUGCUAUGUCACCAAAGAUCUAUACUCUGUCAGUGAUAUUCAAUAUGACUCACACGGGGCCACAGCUGUCAUCUCCUUAAAGUCUUCUCUUUAUGCCAAUGCUUUGCCCUCAACACCUGUGAACUCCCUCCGUCUGAAAGUGACCUACCACAAGAAUGACAUGCUGCAGUUUAAGAUUUACGAUCCUAACAACAAUCGGUAUGAAGUCCCAGUCCCUCUCAACAUACCCACAGUUCCAUCCAGCACCCCUGAGAGUCAACUCUAUGAUGUCCUCAUUAAGAAGAAUCCAUUUGGGAUUGAAAUUCGCCGGAAGAGCACAGGCACUGUGAUUUGGGACUCGCAGCUCCUUGGCUUCACCUUCAACGACAUGUUCAUCCGCAUCUCCACUCGCCUUCCCUCCCAGUAUAUCUAUGGCUUUGGAGAAAAUGAACACACAGCCUAUCGGAGAGACUUGAACUGGCACACGUGGGGGAUGUUCUCCCGAGACCAGCCCCCGGGGUACAAGAUGAAUUCCUACGGUGUCCACCCCUACUACCUGGGCCUGGAGGAAGACGGCAGCGCCCACGGGGUGCUUCUGCUAAACAGCAACGCCAUGGAUGUGACAUUCCAACCCCUGCCUGCCCUGACAUACCGCACCACGGGAGGGAUUCUGGACUUUUACGUGGUCUUGGGGCCAACCCCAGAGCUUGUCACUCAGCAGUACACUGAGUUGAUCGGUCGGCCAGUGAUGGUUCCUUACUGGUCCUUGGGAUUUCAGCUAUGUCGCUAUGGAUACCAGAACGACUCUGAGAUUGCCAGCUUGUAUGAUGAGAUGGUGGCUGCCAAGAUCCCCUAUGAUGUGCAGUACUCGGACAUCGACUACAUGGAGCGGCAGCUGGACUUCACCCUCAACCCCAAGUUUGCUGGGUUUCCAGCUCUGAUUAACCGCAUGAAGGCCGACGGGAUGCGGGUCAUCCUUAUUCUGGACCCAGCCAUCUCUGGAAACGAGACGAAGCCCUAUCCUGCAUUCAGCCGGGGUGUAACAGAUGAUGUCUUCAUCAAAUAUCCAAACAGUGACGACAUUGUCUGGGGAAAGGUCUGGCCUGAUUUCCCCAAUGUUGUUAUAAACGGGUCUCUAGACUGGGAGAGCCAAGUGGAGCAAUACCGAGCUUUUGUGGCCUUCCCAGACUUUUUCCGUAAUUCAACUGCCACCUGGUGGAAGAGGGAGUUGAGAGAACUACACACCAAUCCACUGAGCCCGGAGAAGAGUUUGAAGUUCGAUGGCAUGUGGAUUGAUAUGAAUGAACCAGCAAGCUUUGUGAAUGGGGCAGUUCCUCCAGGCUGCAAGAAUAGUGCUCUGAAUCACCCUCCCUAUAUGCCACAUCUGGAGUCCAGGGACAGGGGUCUGAGCAGCAAGACCCUGUGCAUGGAGAGUGAGCAGAUCCUGCCCGACGGCUCCCGGGUGCGCCACUACGACGUGCACAGCCUGUACGGGUGGUCCCAGACCAGACCCACCUACGAAGCCGUGCAGGAGGUGACAGGAGAGCGAGGGAUCGUCAUCACCCGCUCCACGUUCCCCUCCUCCGGCCGCUGGGGAGGGCACUGGCUGGGAGACAACACAGCCUCGUGGGACCAGCUGAGGAAGUCGAUCAUUGGCAUGAUGGAGUUCAGCCUCUUCGGCAUAUCCUACACAGGAGCCGAUAUCUGUGGAUUCUUUCAAGAUGCUGAAUACGAGAUGUGUGCUCGCUGGAUGCAGCUGGGGGCCUUUUACCCCUUUUCGAGGAACCACAACACCAUUGGGACAAGGAGGCAAGACCCUGUAUCCUGGAAUGACACGUUUGUGAAUAUCUCCAAAAGUGUCCUGCACACCAGAUACUCCAUCCUGCCAUACCUCUACACCCUGAUGCACCAGGCCAGCACGCAGGGCAGCACUGUCGUGAGGCCUCUUCUCCACGAGUUUGUGUCAGACAGGGAGACCUGGGAAAUAGACAGUCAGUUCCUGCUGGGCCCAGCCUUCCUGGUCAGCCCCGUCUUGACGCCUAAUAACAGAAUUGUCUCUGCAUAUUUCCCCACAGCCCGCUGGUAUGAUUACUACACGGGUGUGGACAUUCAAGCAAGGGGAGAGUGGAAGACCUUGCCAGCCCCUCUUGACCACAUUAAUCUUCAUGUCCGUGGGGGCUACAUCCUACCCUGGCAAGAGCCUGCACAGAACACUCAGUUAAGCCGCCAGAAACACAUAGGCUUCAAGGUCGCCUUGGAUGAAAAGGGAGCUGCGGAAGGUUGGCUCUUCUGGGAUGAUGGGAGAAGCAUUGAUACCUAUGGAAAAGGGCUCUAUUACUUGGCCCACUUUUCUGCCAGCCAGAAUACGAUGGAGAGUCAUGUAAUUUUCAACAAGUACAUCACGGAUACAAACCCCCUGAAUCUGGGCUACAUUGAGAUCUGGGGAGUGGGCAGUGCCCCUGUUUCCAGUGUCAGCAUCUCUCUGAAUGGCACGGUUAUAACGCCCACCUUCACCUAUAAUGCAGCAUCACAGGUGUUAAGUGUUGAUGUGACCGGCAAAAACAUCAGCCUACAUAAUUUCAUUUCGCUGACAUGGAAAAGCACUGCGUGAAUUCUAAGAGCAAGAUCCUAUGAACGGCUUUGAAACUACUUAUACUUCAUGCUUGGAAAAUUAUUGUGUGUUGCUAAUUGGUUCAUGCCCAGUAUGGGUUCAAAUCUUUGAUUAAUUUUGUUUUGUGUUUUGCAUGUGUCUCAGCCCUGUGGGGUGGGCAGUAGGGAGGUAUGGAAAAUCGAUGGGUUACCUUAAUGUCUCUAUGUGAUCAGUACAGUAUCUGUUGUUCACCAUACAACACUUACUGAAGAUGAACGGGGUCCAUGGUGAAGUGCGUGCGUGUGUGCAUGUGUAUGUGUAUGUAAUGAGGAAAUAGGUCCCCC